AUGAGUAACAGCACCCUGCCCCAGUUGCCAGCGUCCCUCGAUCUCCCCGCUCACCUUUCGGCUCAGAAGUAUUUUUUUGUUUGCACGCUCACAGUCUUGUCAUGGGACACCCUAGUUCUGUCGCCUAGAUCUUAUAAGCUUAGCCGGACGAAGACAUGGCCUCCAUUGAAGGCGCUCUAUUAUUUCCUGCAGACCUGGGUGAUAGCUGAUUUCGUGGUUACUGGCGUGAUGUUCUUUUCUACGUCAGUGCAGCAGGACACAGACUGUCGCAGGUUUUGGCCGUAUGAGCCCAUUUGCACUGCGAUACUGCUCUUCGCAGCCUCCACCGCGCACGUCAUCCGCGUUUCCGCCAUCUACUCGCAUGCGAACCGUGUGCGCUCUAUCAUGUUUGGCUUGUUGUUUGUUCAGGCGGUCGUUACUGCUGUGUGCUGUGGCUUCUAUCGCUCUGUCAAACUUCUUGAUGGCCAGGGCUGUAUUGCCGGUCCCCUCAACAAUCAGAGCUGGGUAGCCGUCUAUUGGCUUAUCCCCACAUUGUUGUACGGCGCUUCCUUUUCAUUUGCUGUGUCACGCUCUCUGCGAACCCUCGGGGAGCGUCCGCUCACUCCAUGGCGACUCAUGCUACGUGACAAUCUCAACCUUUACGGUACUAUCUUCUUCGUCAACCUUAUCAACGUACUCUUCUACUUCAUCAUGACGCCUACCGGCCCUAAUGAUCCAAUCAAAACCAUCGUGACGAGCAUGGCGGGCGUGCUCACGGCCACGAUGACAAUGCGCAUUAUCCUGGGUGUCCGCGGUUCUCUUGAGAAUGGUGGGACCUUCACCACGGGAAGUGGCCAAGGCAGCGGUGUCAGUGGUAGCAUGACGGCAAGUGCUGUCGGUGUUGCUCGAGGGCGCAGCGCUCCAACAUAUACACUGGGCGACAUCCAUACGCAUUCAAAAACUGGAGCUGGUUCGCGUGGGGCUGACAAAAUCGAAGGCGGCUGGGACGUCGACAAAAGCUCUGUGGAUGCACCAGCAGACGCCAAGGUUGUACUUCCUAUCGUAGGGGAAAACGACAGCAUACGCGAGGAAAGUGGUCCAGUGCCACCCUUUUCACCCAAAGCCGGUGUUCACAUCACUGUAAAUAAGGAGGUUCAGUAUGACGAGUAG